CCUUGUAUAUAUUAAUAACAAUCUUAAUUUUGGACCUUGGACAUGAUAAUAAUCUCUGUACUUUUCAAACAGUUUUAAUCUUAAAAAUCUCUAUUACAUCACACUUUAAUUUCCUCCUUUUAUUUAGACUUCCCCAACUGUUAUAUUUUCAAUCGGGUACAUUCCUGUAAAUAUUUUUUUCACUUUCUGCAGUAGUUCGUUGUCCUUUUCAAUGCACAAAGGCAUAUUUCACCUAUAUUUUAGCAGCAGUAUCCACUUGUCCUGCCAAAGUAAAAGAAUUGCAGAUAUGAAGACCGUGUUUUCCUUUUGCUUUAUUCUUAUCCACGGCUCACGCCACCUUCUAUUCUAAAGUUACCCGUUAUUUCACGGUUAACAUCCUUUCGGUUCUUUUCACCCAUUUUCACGUUUCCUCCUUUCUAGUAGCGCGUCCCAAUCUGGACAAAGCGACUCAUCGAGUUUUUGGUAUUCCCCCUACAGUCUCAGUCACCAUUCGCUGCUUCUACCUUUUAGCUGGUGUUAUAUAUCCGUUCCAUUCCUGUCUCUUUAGUUCCAUAGGAUUUAGUUUUGCUAUGAAUUUGCCGUUAUUUUUUAAUUUGUUGAUUUAUCGUUUUUCCCGUUUCCUUUCUAUCUAUUUGAUAUAAAUUCGUUAAAUUGUUUUAAUUAGUUGCUUGUCCAAAACCACGUUUGCUUCAACAGUCCGCUUUCUUUCAAGGCCAUAGUUUUUUAAAAAACGUUAAUACAAACGAGGAUGUACUACACGAGGGAAAUGAGUGCAUGCGCCGGUUGGGUUGAGAAUGCAAAUUAAUUGUUAUAAAAAUUCAGCGGAUCACUCGACUUUAAGUUUCCUGCGUGCCUUGAAGCUCUCAGUGCACGCCUCCUGCUCGAGGUUUUACUUCAAUUAAGUAUUUAUCAUUCUUUCAAGAACAAUGGUUUUAAAGAAAAGAACUAGUCUCCGAGAUUAAAACGCUUCCGUCACUGUGUAUUUUCCCCUCAGGUGUGGAGGAGCUGUAUAACUCUGAGGAUUUAUGAUUAGCACUCGCUGCCGAGAGAUUAAAGUAGCUUCGAUCCAUCAACAACUUCCCAAUAUCAGAUGAACAAAAAUUAAAAUACUCACGGACACAAUCAUUCACGGCCUCAUUGACUGGGCAUUUCAAAGCAAUUUCAAACUAACUGUGCAUAAUCCACUUAAACUGGGUCAAAACAGGGAAGUGAAUUUAUUUCGCCUCUGAUGUUCUGAUCAGAUAGUUUCCUCGCGAUACCGGCAGACGAUGCUGUUUCCUUGGCAGCCUUCUGAAACUUCGGAUGUCGGAAAACAAAACUUUCUCAGAACCAGCUUUCCUCCGAAAUCUCGCGGAGUCAGCAUCUUCUUCAAUGUUCCGCUCACAAUGUGACUCGAUGUGUAGCGAGGGGUGUUUUCCCAAAUUGCAUUGUUUAAUUGAUCCAGCAGCGGGUAUUGCCAUUACCAUGUUCAGUUUGUGAACUUCACGCGAGCAAGGAAUUUCAAAUCAUGCUAUUCAGGUUGACAUGGUGCAUUUGUCAAGGUUUUUUUUCUCCCCCUGGGAAUAUUCAUGGUGUUAGUUUUGAGGUAGUAUUGGGACAUUGCUCAGAAAAUUUCAUAUGUUAAUUACUCUUGGCGUUCUGCUGGAUGUGCUCGGGAUGUUGUUCAAGAUACUGAUCAUGUCAAGAUCCAGAUAUUAAUGUCGGUACUACUCGGGAUACCGUGAGGGAUAAUGCUGGAGAUGUUAUUCUGAAUGUUCUUCCACAUGUGACUGGAUAUCGAAUCCAUCUUUUUAAACAAUGUUCCAUAAAAUACUUUCACGUUAAGGGUUCAUGAGCUUGUCGCUAUAUUUGAAUUUGACUGCUACCUUGGACCACGGGGAUGUGAAAGAGUUAAUUGAGGCGGCGGGUGUUCCACGUGAUUGGAGUUUUAGGUGGUUAUGUCACAGAUAUCUGAACCCAAAUCCACCCCACCCCCCUUGCCCCAAAAGGUCCUAUGGUCUUAUUUAGUAAACAACCCGCCCAUUUCAAAAGGGAAAGACGGAAGAGCGAGGGGUAGAGCACAGAGUUUAAUAUGAAACAUCAGUACAACGGCGGCGAACUGGUCAUGGAGUCCCGGGUCUGUUUACCGUACCGCACCCCUUCCAGGCAGUCUUACGCAGAUUCGGAGCCCGGUGCUACGGCGUUUUAUUCCCGCGAUAAGCUCCACGGCGCGGCGGGUACCCGCAGCAGCUGCUGCAACUCUCGAACCUACGGAGUUCCGGGGACUCGUUGCGAUUACUUGUACAUUGAUGGUCAUCGGAGGUCGUCCGCUGGGAGCCCGCCUAAGUACUUGGAGAGUAUCGAGGGAAAUCGGUCCGGGUCGUUAAAUGGCGAGGUGAACGCCAGCCCUGAGGCACUGAAUAUCAAGGUUUCAAAAUCCAUCGACUAUCAACUGAUGGACUCUGAUCGCCAGGAUCCGCUGCGAAUCUGUGGAAAACUGAAAGAGCCCCCAGGAAACGAGGUUCCCAGUGAGCGGAGCGAGGGAGAUACCAGCAGCAAGAACAAGAAGCGGCGGAACAGAACCACGUUCACUAGUUAUCAGCUGGAGGAGCUGGAGAAGGUGUUUCAGAAAACUCACUAUCCCGAUGUGUAUGCCCGAGAACAGCUGGCUCUCGGUACUGAGCUCACCGAGGCCAGAGUUCAGGUUUGGUUUCAAAACCGAAGAGCCAAAUGGAGAAAACGAGAGCGAUAUGGAAAAUUUCAUGAAGUCAGAAACCACUUUGCUGCGGCAUAUGACAUCUCGAUCUUCUCAAAACCAGAAAAUUAUUCUCAGAAAACUAGCAUAAUACAAUGGAUUGAAUAACUUCCAAAUGGGCUGAAUAGUUCUCUUGUUAUGAAAUCACACACAACCUCUCAUGGUCCCAGAACACAGUCAAGAAUGCUCAGCAAAGCCUCUACUUUCCGAGAAAGCUGAAAAGAGCUGGACUUUGUACAUCCAUACUCGUGAUACUUUGCAGAUGUGCAGCAGAGAGCAUCCUGACAAACUACAUUUCCGGUCGGUGCAGAAGCUGCACAGCAGCAGCCAGGGAGGCUCUACAACGGGUAGUCAAAUCUGCCCAACAAAUCACUGGCACCGGACUAUCCACCAUCAAAGGCACAUAUACAGAAAGGUGCCGGAAAAGGGCCAGUAACAUCAUGAAGUAUCCCACCCGCCCUGCUCAUGGACCGUCUGUCCCACUCCCAUCAGGGAGGAGGCUACAAAGCAUCCACGCCAGACCCAAAACCAGUUACUUACCCCAAACAGUGUGGCUGAUCAACACUCACUAACUCCACAACUCCACAACUACUUUAUUAUUUGUUGUCAGUCACCUUAUGCACAACCUAGUGUCACUUGAUGGAUGUAAAAUCUAUGUAUAUAAGCUAUCUUAUGUAAUUAAAGUACGUGUCUUGGGCACAUGUAAAAAAAUUCUGUAAAACGAAAAUACUUACAAAAAUAAUGAAAUGAGAAGAUUCUAGAUAUCAAAAGAAUACUAUAAAGAGCAGUAAAAGGUAAAAACUAAAUCAAAGCAGUAUUUGAUGUGACCUUUAAAACUGAAUCAAUUAUCCUAGGUACAGUAACAUGCAGUUUUAUAAGAAAGUCAGCUGGUAGGUUGAUCCAAGCAUCUUGGAGAACUUGCCACAGUUCUUCUGCAGACUUUGGCUGUCUUGCCUGCUUCUCUCCUUCUCCAGAUAAUCCCGGACAGCUUCAAUGAUGUUGUGAUGAGGGCUCUUUGGAGCACAUACCAUCUGAAACCAUAUAGCAAUAAGACCUUUCCACAGUAUUGUAUGUUUACCGUGUUUUUUUAAAAAAAAUGAUUGUGUCCUUUAUCUUUUGUGUUUUUUUUUGUUUCAUUAGAUCCAGAGUAACAAUUAUUUUGUUCUCAUUUACACUUGUGUACAGGAAAUAACACUAAACAAUCUUGAAUAUAAAUAACAUGAACAUUAUUUCUCCCUCUCCGUCUUUAUAAAAUCAUUGGCAUUCACAGGAUGGAAGGUAAUUCAGGUCCUUGGCCCACUGUUGGCUCUUUGCAAUGUCUGUUCAAUUUUAUCCCGUUUCUUUCCCUACAGCCCUGCAGAUUAAUUCAAGCACUUGUCCAUCAUAUUCAGUGCAGACUGUUCAGGGCCUGUUUGUGUGCUGUACUGUUCUAUAUUACAUGACAUUUCCCCAAACAGAGGACCAUAUUUAUAAGGAAAGAUUGGAUAGGCUAGGGCUUCUCACUGGAGGCUAAGGGAAGACCUUACAGAGGUUUAUGUGGAGUGUAGAUAUGAUAGAUAGUCAUAGGAGAGGAGAGAACAAAAGUGCACAAAUUUAAGGUGUGAUAGGAGAAAGUUAAAGGAAAUCUGAGGAAUUUUUUUUUUAACCCAGAGAGUGGUAAUUAUCUGGAAUAACCUGCCAGAAGAGAUGAUGUAGGCAGAUACAAUUACUCCAUUUAAAAGAUAUCAGCCAAGUACCUGGAUAGCCAAGAAAAAGACAGAUAAGGGCCUAAUGUAGACAAAUGGAAUAAGUGCAGAUCAGCAUCACAGUCAGCAUGGAUAAAGUGAGCUGACAGGGGUACUGUAGGAGUCUACGAUUCUAAGAUGAAUUUGCAUAGAAUUUUUCCAGCAGUAUUUUGCCCUUUGCUCCUUAAUUUCCUCAGAAGAUCAGCACAAACCAUAGCAACAUGGUUUAUCUUUUGGUCCUGUCUCAUCAGACAGGCCUAGGAGAAUCUCAAUGGAAAUUAAUGUUGACUGAUUUGUCAGUAAUUGCAUGUCAGAGCCAACAACUCUGGAGGAGAGAACAAUUUUAGAUUCUUCAGAUGCAACGUUUAGCAUCUGUACAUGUUAGAAUUCAAGCACUGGAUGUCAGUUCUCAGUAAGUCAGCUUUCUUAAUACCAACACCAAGUACAGCAUUGACUUACUCUCAAAAAGACUUUUAUUUUUCAGUUAUUUUCACUAUUCAGUGUUUAUCAUUUUUGUCUGUAGAUCUUAAAGCAGAGUACUGAUUUCAGAAUCAGGUUUAAUAUCACUGGCAUGUCAUGAGGUUUGUUGACUUUGUGGCAGUACAAUGCAAUACAUAAUAAUUGAAAAAACGUGGAUUACAGUAGGAAUAUAUAUUAAAUUGUUAAAUUAGUGCAAAACUGGAAAUUAAAAAAAUGUGAUACAGUGUUAAUGGAUUCAGUGCCCAUUCAGAAAUCGGAUGGCAGAGGGGAAGAAGCUGUCCCCGAAUUGUUGAGUGUGUGUCUUCAGGCUUCUGUAUUUCAUUCCUGAAGGUAGCAGUGAGAACAAGGCAUGACCUGGGUGAUGGGGUCCUUAAUGAGGGACGUCACCUUCUUGAGGCCUCCCUCCUUGAAGAUGAUCUGAGCCCAAGAUGGAGCUGACUAAGUAUACAACCCUCUGCAGUUUAUUUUGAUCCUGUGCAGUAGUUACUGUCCUGCCCCCCUCCCCCCACACCAGACGGUGAUACAGCCACUUGGAAUGCCCAGUGAAACUGUAGAAAUUUAAGAGUGCUUUAGGUGACAUGCCAAAUAUCUUCAAACUCCUAAUGAAAUGUAGCCAUUGUGUCUUCUUGUAGCUGCAUUAAUAUGUUGGGUUCAGGUUUGAUCCUCAGAGAUAUUGACAUCCAGGGACAUGAAAUUGCUCACUCCUCCCAUUUUAAACAUUCCAAAGAUUGACUAAAUCGUAUAACAACUUAAUACAUUAAUUAAAAGUUUCCAUAGUUGUAUUAUAGCAGUGAAAUGCCAGUCCUGAGUUUGCACUUGAAACUCACAACAAUACAGAGAUACUGGGAGGAAUAGUUACCCCAUCUACUAAUUUAGAUCAAAAUUACAUCUACCGACCAUGUAUUUUGAUCUUGAGAAUUAAAAGAUAGUUUGGCAGUUACAUGGAUAGUAACAGUUUAGAAGGUUAUAGGAGAAAAACGGGAACUAGCUUGAAAGGGCAUCUGGUUGGCAUGAACCAACUGGGCUGAACAGCCUGUUUCUGUGCUGUAUAAUGCCAUGACUCUGUGUACUUUAUGCUCUAAGUAUAUCUGUUC